AUGCGUCGUCUUCACGAUGUGCUUGGUUUAUUGGAGUUCCUGCUAAAGUACAAAGAUCAGACUUUUCGGCCGAAGAAAAGAUUUCCUCAAGGGACAAUGAGGUAUAAUUUACACAAGAGAGCUGAGGCUACUCUGCACUCUGCUGUGGACUUUUUCAAUCGUAUAAAUUUGAUGUACGGUACAAUUUCGGACGCAUGCACUAAGGAAUCGUGCCCAACGAUGUCUGGCGGAUCAAAAUAUGAGUAUUUGUGGCAAGAUGGUGCUGAAUAUAAAAAGCCGACUCGACUGUCUGCACCCGAUUAUAUGGUGUUGCUGAUGGACUGGAUCGAACUCAGAAUCAACGAUGAGGCCAUUUUCCCGACAUCGACUAGUGUACCAUUUCCGAAGGACUUCCGUCAGAUCUGCAAAAAGAUACUCACCCGCCUUUUUCGUGUUUUCGUCCACGUAUACAUUCACCACUUUGACCGCUUAGUCAGCAUUGGUGCGGAACCGCACGUUAACACAUUGUACAAGCAUUUCUAUUUUUUUGUGACGGAACACAACAUGGUUUCCUCAAAGGAAUUGGAUGCAUUAAAGGAAAUGACAGAGCGGCUCCUUGAAAGCAGUCAGAACCGUCGAUUCAGACAUAUAGUACAUGCUCAGCUGGAUAGUUGA